AUGCCCUCGCCCACCGACGACGAGGCCUCCUCCAUCUCUGCCCUCGGCCGCGCACACACACACCCCUUUGCCCCCUUUGGCCGCUCGUACCUGUCGCCCCAUGACGCCGCCCUCUCCCCGCCUCUGCGAGCCCUCUCCCCGGGCCCUGCCAGGCGCGGCUUCGACGCCCGCCCCGACGCGACACGCAUGAGCCACCUCGAUGCCGACCACGGCAGAGCUCGCCGCCGCAAGCGCGCCUGGAAGAAGCUCAUGUGGGUCAAGCAGUCGUGCCCCGACAAUUACACGGAUCAGGCCACCUUUCUCGAAAGCCUGCAGCGCAACCCGCGCCUCAAGCCCUACGACUUCUGGCCCCUCGUCGCCGACUCCACCGUCAUCCUCCAGCACGCCUGCUCCGUCAUCGUCUUCAUCGUCUGCUUCGUCGGCAUCUUCCAGGAGCGCGUCUCCCCCGUCUCCGUCGUCAGCUGCAGCAGCUUCGCCACCUUUCUCGGCUGGCUCCUCUGGGAACAGUGGGUGUCUGAGGAGGACCACGAGGGCGAGCCCGGCGCCGGCGCCGCCACCGUCGUCGUCAGGAGCGGCAGCACGCGGCGCAGAGGGCGCGCUGGCAGCAUCCGCUGGCCUGUACACCCGCCCCCCCGCCCCCCGCCGCUUGGCUCCUCGGCGCCCUCGGCCGCCAGCUCGACCAGCAACCUUGACGGAGGCGGCGGCCCGAGGAAUCUCCCAUCUGCGUCCAUGGGCUCGCACAGCCCGAGAAGCAGCCCGGCGGCGGUCCCGCAGGACGCGCCCGCGGUGCCGCCCGACGAGAAUCGCGUGCACCAGCGGCUCGAGACCAUCAAGUCGGCGCUCCUCAUCUACAGCACCCUGCUGGGCCUGAGCCCCAUCCUCAAGUCCCUGACGCGCUCGACGUCGAGCGACAGCAUCUGGGCCAUGUCGUUUUGGCUGCUGGCCAUCAACAUCUUCUUCUUCGACUACUCGGGCGCCGUGGGGGCCAAGUUCCCCGCCUCCCUGUCCACCAACGCGGCGCUCAUGGCGUCGACGGUGCUGGCCAGCCGGCUGCCCUCGACCAAGCAGGUCUUUAGCCUGACGCUCUUCAGCAUCGAGGUCUUUGGCCUCUUCCCCGUCUUCCGGCGACACGUGCGCCACCGCAGCCGGAGAUACCACGCGCUGUUGACGGCGCUGCUGGUGCUGGGCGCGGGCCUGGGCGUGGGCAUCGUCCUGGGAGAUGCCCAGGCCGACCGGUGGCCGUGGAAGAGCGGCAUGGUGGGCAUGAUGGUGGGCGUGUUCCUGGUGGCCCUGGCCGCGGGCGGGUGCAGCUGGUGGCUGAUUGGGCUGCAAAAGUACAAGAAUGAGAUACGAGGGCCGUGGGACCCGGCGAGGCCCAUCAUCAUGAGCCGGACGCGGUGGGAUGACGGGUAG